AUGGACAGAAACUCCACCUCUGCAGUUAGACAUGCCCAGUGCCUGCCCAAGACCUCGUCGAGAUGCAUCACCCCUACCUUCACCUCAACGCAUGAUUUCGAGAUCACCAGUCACCCGCUGCUCGAAGGCAUUGGCGUCGAAAGGCUCGUCAGCUCGACCGUCUUCAGUGUCGGCGGCUUCAAUUGGUUAAUCUAUUUCUUCCCCCACGGAGUAAGAAAUGAUGGUUUCGACGGCGCUUCGGCGUUCUUGAACUGCCUCAGCCCGGAAAAGGAUGCUAGAGCAAGGUUCACACUGAACUUGCUGGGCAAAGAUGAUGUACAGGUUACCAAGUAUGAGGAGGUGGAGCAUACCUUCUCCUCCGAAUGCGUUUAUCGGGGCUAUCCUCAGUUCGUCGACAGAUCGAGGCUGAGAUCAGUGUCGCUCGAAAACAAUGGGAGCUUCAUUAUCCGGUGCGUUCUCACCGUGAUCGGAGAGCCCUACACCGAGGGGGGACGUGUCAUUCCCCCGCCGCCUCUGCUGCCGAUUCUGUGA